GAGCUGCAGGCCGAGUCCCCAGGGUCCCCCGACUCCUAGAAGCCUUUCUAGGCCCAGGGAAGCCAGGCGACUGAGCGGCACGGAGGGGGCGGGGGGACGACGCUGGAUCGGGGCACGCGCGACGUGUGAUCAGGCUGAGCAAUGGCAUUUCAAAAGGCAGUGAAAGGGACUGUUCUUGUGGGUGGAGGAGCUCUGGCCACUGUUUUCGGACUCUCUCAGUUUGCUCAUUACAGAAGGAAGCAAGUGAACCUGGCUUAUGUGCAAGCAGCGGAGUGCCUCACAGAGCCUGUGAACAGGGAGCCUCCUUCCAGAGAAGCUCAGCUCUUGACCUUGCAGAACACAUCGGAAUUUGACAUCCUUGUCAUUGGAGGAGGAGCCACAGGAAGCGGCUGUGCGCUAGACGCUGUCACCAGAGGACUAAAAACAGCCCUUGUAGAGAGAGAUGACUUCUCAUCGGGGACCAGCAGCAGAAGUACUAAAUUGAUCCACGGUGGUGUGCGAUAUCUCCAGAAGGCUAUCAUGAAGUUGGAUGUUGAGCAGUAUAGGAUGGUGAAAGAAGCCCUCCACGAACGAGCCAACUUACUAGAAAUCGCUCCCCAUUUAUCAGCUCCCUUGCCUAUCAUGCUUCCAAUUUACAAGUGGUGGCAGUUACCUUAUUACUGGGUGGGAAUCAAGCUGUAUGAUCUGGUUGCAGGAAGUAAUUGCCUGAAGAGCAGUUAUGUCCUCAGCAAAUCCAGAGCCCUCGAGCAUUUCCCCAUGCUCCAGAAGGACAAGCUGGUAGGAGCCAUUGUCUACUAUGAUGGACAACACAACGACGCACGGAUGAACCUCGCUAUCGCCCUCACUGCUGCCAGGUAUGGGGCUGCCACAGCCAAUUACACGGAGGUGGUAAGCUUGCUCAAGAAGACAGACCCUGAAACCGGGAAACAGCUCGUGAGUGGUGCACGGUGCAAGGAUGUCCUCACAGGGCAGGAGUUUGAUGUGAGAGCCAAAUGUGUUAUCAAUGCCACUGGGCCUUUCACAGACGCUGUGCGCAAAAUGGAUGAUAACACCGCUCCUGCCAUCUGCCAGCCCAGUGCGGGCGUCCACAUUGUGAUGCCUGGGUACUACAGUCCUGAGAACAUGGGACUUCUUGAUCCUGCGACCAGUGAUGGGAGAGUUAUUUUCUUCUUGCCUUGGGAGAAGAUGACUAUUGCUGGCACUACUGAUUCGCCAACAGACAUCACAUCUCAUCCUAUUCCUUCGGAAGAAGACAUCAACUUCAUCUUGAAUGAAGUGCGGAACUACCUGAGUUGUGAUGUUGAAGUGAGAAGAGGGGAUGUCCUGGCAGCAUGGAGUGGUAUUCGUCCCCUUGUUACCGAUCCCAAGUCUGCAGACACUCAGUCUAUCUCCCGAAAUCAUGUUGUUGAUGUCAGUGAGAGUGGCCUCAUCACAAUAGCAGGUGGGAAGUGGACGACAUAUCGCUCCAUGGCAGAAGAUGCUGUGGAUGCAGCUGUCAAGGUCCACAACUUGAAAGCAGGACCGAGUAGGACAGUGGGGCUGUUCCUUCAAGGAGGCAAAGAUUGGAGCCCCACACUCUACAUCAGGCUUGUCCAGGACUACGGGCUUGAGAGUGAGGUGGCACAGCAUCUUGCCACCACCUAUGGUGACAAGGCUUUCGAGGUAGCCAAAAUGGCAAGUGUGACUGGAAAACGGUGGCCUAUUGUUGGAGUGCGUCUUGUGUCAGAAUUUCCAUACAUCGAAGCAGAGGUGAAAUAUGGAAUUAAGGAAUAUGCCUGCACUGCAGUUGACAUGAUUUCACGUCGCACCCGCCUGGCCUUUCUCAAUGUCCAGGCUGCAGAGGAAGCCCUGCCCAGGAUUGUUGAAUUAAUGGGUAGAGAAUUGAACUGGAGUGAUAUUAAGAAACAGGAAGAACUUGAAACGGCCACAAAGUUUCUGUAUUAUGAAAUGGGCUAUAAAUCUCGCUCAGAACAACUCACAGACCGUACUGAAAUCAGCCUAAUGCCUUCAGACAUUGAUAGGUACACGAAGAGAUUUCAUAUGUUUGAUGAAGACGAAAAGGGCUUUAUUACCAUUGUUGAUGUUCAGCGUGUCCUAGAGAAUAUCAGCAUGCAAAUAGAUGAAAACACACUACAUGAAAUUCUCAGUGAAGUUGAUUUGAACAAAAAUGGCCAAGUUGAACUCAAUGAAUUUCUGCAGCUGAUGAGUGCAAUUCAGAAAGGAAGGGUGUCUGGAAGCCGCCUUGCCAUCCUGAUGAAAACUGCUGAAGAGAACUUGGACCGAAGAGUUCCAAUUCCUGUGGAUCGUAGUUGUGGAGGAUUGUGAGUCUGACCAGUAAAUCGACAGCCAACAAGCAUAGGACAGCCAGUACCAUGUACCAGCCAGAGUUGACUUAAAUCACUCUAAAAUAGUGUCUAUAGUAGUGCGUAAAAAACAAAAAAAAAGGAAAAAGAAAAAAAAAGAAAAAACACUGGAAAACAUUCCAAAACUUUUAAGAUAUUGGCAUAUUUGCCAAUUUAAUUUGCCAAUCCUUUAUUUGUAUUUGCCAUUCAGUCUAGCUUCUAAAAGUGUUUUUCUUAUUUUUAAUGCACAUUGAUUUAAUGUUUUGUAUCCAUUUUGUAACCUGUCAGACUUGACACUCUGCCUUUCUAGUCAUUCAUUCAAAUCAGUUUUAGAGACGGUCUCGGCAACAUUGGAGAGAAGCUAGAAAACGUGGGUACCCAGAGCUCCAGAGCUCAACUUGUAGAUAGCAUUAUUAUUUUUCUUCUUAGAAAAGCAUUUGACCUAUUGACAUGAUCAGGUUUUGGGAGACUUCCCAGCUCUUUCUUUCUACCUCCCCUUCCAAAUAAUACUGCACAUUUUUCUGUCUUGAGUAAGGCUGGUUAAUCUGGAGAGGGAAGACAAAGUUAAGAUCUGGUUGAGAUUUGGUUACAUUUCUAAAAGAAAAUCUCUGAAAGCUUCCAGAAUCACAGGAGUAAGAUAAAGACAGCAUUGACAUUUGCCGGGAGGUACAGUGAUAGUUGCUUCUCAACAGUUCAUUUUUUUUUUUUUUUCCCCAGACACUGCUGGCUUUCUUUGACUAUUAUAGUUGCCAGAAAAAUCCUUGCUUUUUUUUACUUUAAAACCAGCAUUUGAGUGGCAAGUUGGAUAUAAUGGGAUGAGACCAAAUCUUUCCAUCCCUUAUGGGAGUAAUGAUAAAACAGUUUUCAAUCCCACAAGUCCUGAAUCUUGCAGCGUGUGGUGGUGUCAGGCCCAUUCUUGUUGGGGUGGGUAGUAAUGGUGGUAUUUGCAAAGAAAUAAUAAAACAGAAUUGGGCAGGCUUUUGUUAACUUUAAUUAUAAAAUUAAAAUAAGGCAUGCCACUUUAAUAUCCAAGGAUAGUCUGCUUGCCAAAAGCCUUUCUCUUUGUUUACUCAAUGGGAAAAUUUCAUUCCAUCAAAAAUAAAAAAAUAAAAAAAUAAAUCAAAGAAAGAUACCCCCCCCACACACACCCAAACUGAAUGUGCGUUGAACUCAACAUAUAAUGCACCGACUAAAGAAGCCAGUUGGAAGAUGUUUCUGUUAUAUUCUGUUGCACUUAUGAUAUUUAUUAAUUGUGCUCCCUUUUCUGAAGCUGUCAGUGAUGGGUACUCUGUGCAUCAUCAGAAAGAUAGCCCUUCUUCCUUCUCUCCAGGCAGGCUUUGUGGCAGACUGUGUGUGUCCUAGCUUUGUGAACUGGUACCUAAAGCACCUUUGUGCUACUGUUUCUGCUUAUGCCAACACCAUGUCUUUUUGCCUCAUUCAGGAUGGGUUAUGAGUCUGUAUAUUGUAAUAUAAACUGGGAAGUUCACUUACCUAAGUUCCCCACCCCCAAAUAUGCAGAGACUGCAGGGAGAGACAGCUCAACUCCUUUUAUUAGUAAAUGAAGUUUAGAUACUUUCACUUCUGUAGGGUCACCUGACACAUGGAAGUGAUGUCACAAUGGGUGUCACUGAACAUUUCUUUCGAAGUGUGAAUAUUUUUUACACUGUUCUUUAUUAUUAAUAAUAAUAAUCAUAAUAAAUGGAAGCACAUGGCUUUGUAGUUGAAUGUUUUUCUAUCAUGACAAUAAAGUUCAUUUUCUACCUAGUGACAGUUAAGUCGGCAGAAGCACUGUCCUUUAAGACAUCCCAAAUUAUAUAUCACAAUAUUCUACAUCUGUACUCCCUCCUCUUUCUUUUUCUCUUUUUCUUUCUAGUUAGAUCAAGAUAACGAUGGCUUGUAUCCCCCCGGUUCUCCUAGGGUAGGGACUGGGCUUAGAGUGUGACUCGGGCUCAGGCCGAUCUGUGUUUGGAAAGCAGGUCUUGUUUGUUCAUGCUUUGCUAUGAAUGAAGUUCCUUUAAGGACAAAGAGAAGCGCACUUUUCUUCAUUUGAGCAUAUCUGCUGUGGCUUAAAAAUCUGCUCGCUCUAAGACACGCUCCUUCACCAAUCCCACAGACUCCUUUUGGAAGGGAACUGCUUUCAUGACAUUCCUUGCACCCCGGCAUUUUCCUGUGAGGUCCUCACUAAACCUGGACAGCCUGUUUUUUUUUUUUUUUUUUUAAUCCAAUUUUAAGCAAAGGAAAAAAGAAAUAGGGGAGCAAGCCCCUUUAAAAGUCACUCAGAGAAUAAAAUAUAUUUUCCUUUUCAUAUAACCCUGGUGUUUGUUGACUCUGUUCAGGUAUGGGAGUGAGUGUGCGGGGAUUGCCUUUUUAUUAUCAAGUGAUUUAUUUCAAGAGCCUCUGAGGGGAUUCAGGUGAAGGAAUCGCAUCUGUGCUGGAGGGCUGUAUACUCCUUUAAAUAGCCUCUGCCUCAGUCGUAAUAACAGUGAUAACGCUGGAUUACUUGUUUAGCUAAGGUUGUCCACCUCAUAUCCAUCAUGAUGCAUAUUCUUGCGUCCAAUCUGUUUAUAUUGAGUGGAACUUCAGAUUUCUGCUACCAAGUGCAUGUUUUGUAUUCUGCCUUAGUUUAUGGCUUGAUUUUUGUCCAUUUCAAACUAUGUACAACAAAAAUGUUCAUUCUGAUUUUAACCCAAUAUAGCACAGGGAUUGUCACUGAUUGUUUUUCUUCCCCUCUUUUUUAUGCAUUUGUAAAAAGGUCUUUUGCAUAUGAAUGUAAUCACAUAUUGAUGUCACUGAUGCUGUAAACUUUCACUGCUUUUUACUCUAGGGAGGAAAAAAACCCUACUAUGUUUGAAAAGAAUAUCAAGUCUUAGUCCAGUACUGGGUGGACAUAGUCACUCACUGCAUGCUUUCAUGCGGCCAUACUUCUAUGUAUUGUGCUUGGGUUAUCGUUCUAGACUGCACUGUUAAAUGCUCUGAGGCUGGGUUGUCAUUUUUAUAACUGUCUCGGUAUUUUAUCACCAUUAUUUAUUACUUUUGAUAUACAGAAUGAGCUGCAUGCAUUUAUAGAGUAAUAAGAAGAUGUAUUUAAUGUGCCUUGUUUUUAACUGAGUAAGAGCCAAAAGCAUGAAUCAAUAAAGCUGAUUGAAAUGGUU